AUCGCUCUAAUCAACAUUCAGCCUGCGCCACGGGGUGUGAGGGUUACCAUGGCGCAUGCAAUCCACGAAGUCGACGCGUUCGACGCGUAUGAAGCUGCUGUCGCGCGGCGUCAAGAUGCUGCGCGUCGACGAGUUGGUCGCCUUGGUAGGAAGCGACAGCAUGCGCGAAAGGCUAUGGAAGUUGCCGAAACUGCAGCUCAACUUGCUGCCACACUUGCCAUGCGAGAGUUGGACGCAGAGUGCCAAGCAAUGGAACGUGUUUGGCGGGCAAGCGAUGCAUUGAGAACAUACGAGGCGGAGCAGAAGAUUUACCAGCGAAGCGCAGCUCUUCGCAAAGUGGCAACGACAGCGCAUUUGGGCGAGACCACACCGGGUUUGCGAGGGUACAAACGAUGGAAAGAACUGGACAAGCGUGUGGAGAGCUUCCAUCAACGCACGGAGCUGGCCAAGGCAGCCGCGGACCGCAUCAACCAAGCGGCGAACGUUCAUGCCGUGAAAAGGACUCAAAUUUCGCAAGCAAACCGAGUGUGGUGGGCUCACAAGUUGGAAGCAGCGGUAGCAGCUCAGAAUUGCACGACCAUAGUUCACAUCCUGGAGAAUGGUGGAGAUCCAGACUUCGAGAGCUGGAACGGCAUGACGCCACUGCUGUGUUGCAUUAUCCAACACCGCCACGACCUAUUGCGGCGGUGUCUCGAACUUGGUGGCGAUCCAAAUGUCGAAACGCAGGACGGAAAGACUGCCCUUGUCGUUGCCAUCGUAGCCGACGACCUGGCAGCCAUUCAAAUCUUGCUUGAACCCAAGUGGAAGUGCUCACCGUGGAACGAGUCAAAGCAAGGCGGGGUCACAGCGCUCUUGGUGGCGUGUGAAAAGGGGCGUCUGGCUGCUGUCCAAGUUCUGCUAGCUCAGCCAGGUAGUUCCAGUCAGAUUCAAAAACGAAACAAUGCUCAUGGCCUCACGCCUCUCAUGCAAGCUGCGAAAGGGAACCAUCUCUCGGUCGCUCGGCUCUUGCUGCGACACAACGCCAACCCUUUCGUUCACUGCAAAGCCAACCGGUCGGCUGCGGACCAUGCUCGGGCCUAUGGUCAUCUUCGAAUGGAAAGGCUCGUCGCGCGAGGCAACGAGUUCAAUUUGGAUCCUUCCACUCCUCCGACAUUUGAAGAGCGUAACGAAAUCGCUGCGCUGGAGGCACUUUAUCGAGACUUGGACAGGAAUCUCAGCGAUCGCUCCAUGGACAAGGUUCUGGACGGACUGCACGAUGAAGGGCUGAUCAGCCCCAGCCACGAAUCCCCUGUCGGGCACACGGCUUUUCUCCUCGCAUGCGCCAACGGAGCUCUCAGCACGGUGCAGUUGCUCAUGCAGCGCUGCCUCUGGACGCAGACGAAUCGUGACGGCGUGACAGGACUCCUGGAAGCUGCCAGCCGUGGGCACUUUGACGUAUUGCUGCAUCUGGUUAGUCAGGGCGGGAACAUGAACCACCGAGACUUUCAAGGGCGCGAUGGGUUCUCACGCUUGCACGAUGGAGGCCACCAUGAGAUGCUGCACUACUUUCUCCAGUACAAGGCAUCGAACAACAAGGCAAGCGAACAGGCGUGGCUACCGUGGUGGCAAUUGAAUCCUACCCCUCGCGCAGGCCCCGCGUCGAGUCCAUCGAAAUCCCCUUCGAAACCAUCGUUGCAGCCGCUGCCCGUUGCUUCGCCCGUGCAUUCACGACCGAUGUGCGCCCAAUGCGUCGACCGCCACGCGGCGAAGCAAUGUCGGUCCUGCGACAUUCCGUUUUGCGACCAAUGCUACUGGCGUUUUCACAUGGACGCGCGUCGACGACAUCACGAGUACGACAUGUUAUUCCCCACUGCUUGUGUCGUUCCCCCAAAGGAAGACCACUUUCGUGGCUGGCAAGAACUGCACGUUCUCUUGACACGCGAGCCCGCCAAGGCCAUGAACCAAGAGCUCCAGGCGAUUCGGAAGCAAGCCAAUGCGACCCGUGAUGAACGCCACAUGGCUACAAUCGAAGUGAAAGCGGCAGCGUCGGCACUGGCCAUCGGAGGCGCGGACGAAGCCGCCCUGCAGCUGGUGGCUGUGUAUCGCGACUUGGGCAACUUUAGCCAAGCGAUCGCGGGCUUGCGGGAAACAGAAGAGAUGGCGACCCCUCGCCUGUCGUGGCAGAUCCGACGGGCCACUGCGCAAGUGUAUUUGGCGCAAGGCAAACCUGCGGACGCAGUGACGAUGUACUUUGCAGCACUGACUGCUCGUCUCAACGAUGUAGCGGUUGACCACCGCGAUGUUCAAGACCUUCUCGACGAAUUCUACUGUGCCAUGGACAAUGCUGACAUGCUGGACGACGCCGUGACCAUGGCAAAGAGCGUCCGCGACCUUGCCGUCACAACAUUACCUCGACGACAUUCCUUUGUCUCGACAACAACAACAAGACUGGACAGCCUCACGCUACGCCGGGAGCAGCGCGCCAUGUUGGCCGAGGACAAAGCGACCAGCACUGACCAAGACAGGAGGACGUCGUUGGAGACUUGUGUUGCUCUGCUUCGCGACGCAAACAUGGUCGACAUCGUGACAGCGCUCGGCAAACAGCUCCAUGUGUCCACAACGCUUGGGUUGUGGCGAGACAUGCAAAUGUUCAAACUCGUCGAGCGACGAUCCGAAGCGGCCAAGUCGACAGCCGCUCGGAUCGUGAGAGCGAUGCCAGCAGUCCAUUGCAUCCCAGCAUCCAUGUCCUCCAAAGUGGCAGAAGCUUUGCAGAAUGCUCAGUGGGCGAGUCCGCACGACAUCGUUGCGACUUCCGAGCGCGUGGUGGUCGCCUCUCUGCACCAAACCAUGUUCCUUCCUUUCAUUCAAUCUGGUGAAGGACAAAGGUACAUGACAGCCGAUCUAUUGUCCUGCUGCAGAAUCGCUGUCGUAGAUGGCUUGGCAAGCAAUCCCAGUCUCCAUUUCCAUCCAGUAUCGACGGCUAGCACGCAUGAUAUCAUGACGCGUGCUCAUGGUCUGUCGCGUGGUCGACGGUACUACAGCAAUCCCACGCACCACACACGACGUGGUCACGCCAUGGAUUCAACUCUGCUCCUCGUCAAGGAGACCAACGUUGUUCUCGGCAACCUGGCUUGUCAAACAUGCUUUCGUAUGCGUGUUCUGUCCGGAGCCUGUGCGCACUGCAUCGACCUCGUCGCCUCGGAGCUCGCAUUCUUCGGACACGAUGUCUUGAUAGGUCAUGCCUUUGUUCAAACCCCGCACUAGCAUGACGAGUUCAUUCCCGCAAAUCGGUCCCCCAUGACGUUUCAACUCCACGAUGUCUCGACGCGAACGCAUGAAGCGACCUGUCUUGUUCUCGCAACGUUUUCGUGCCGUGUGCCUACCUCCAUCGACCCUUCCUUGUGCGUCAUGAAAGGAAGACUGAGCCCAUGGUGGAAUAUGGAUAUGAGUGUGCGAGCACGCUGAGCUUGUCGUUGUCGGCGGCGUUGCCAGAGACGAACGUUGCCAUUGCCCGUCUUCACAUCCACGACUACAUUUGUAUCGCGUUACCCGUUGAGAGCAUUGUUCGCGAAGCCACGUUUGACCUGUGUGCCUACAACACUGCAUGCUGAGCUGCAACAGCAUCGAUCUUUUCGUGGACGUGAUGGAGCUCGCCGCAGAUCUCGGCAACGUCGUCGUGCAAAGAUUCCCUGUCGGCCUUGGACCCAACUUGCAGAAGAGCCACCGCGCCAAGGCGAGUAUCAACGCCGUCGAUGUCCUGACGGAGGCCGCUGAUAUUUUGGUGCAUCUCGCGGCGGAGCCCGUCGAUCUCGCGGCGGAGCCCGUUGAUCUCGCGGCGGAGACCGUCGAUCGCGUUUAAUAUCGCUUGAGUUGAGGCCAUGUCUAACGUUUCAAUAAUGCCAUGCGUUGGAGUGGUGUG